AACAGAGUAGUAAAAGAAGACGGAGACUGUGUGUGCACGCCAACAAAAGGGCGAAAUAGAAGUGAAACAACAAAAAGCUGACAAAAUAUGACAAUCGUGUUAUGCGGGGAAAAAGAAAAUGUGAAAAAUCGAAAAAAUUCAAUGAAAAAUGCAGCAUUGAUUUAAACUUCGGUUUUUAUUUUGUGUAUAUGCUGCAGUGCAGUGACAUAUUUAAUAAAGUAGGAGUAAACGUUUAAUGGACAGCGAAACCAAUGUGCUUUUACGCUGUCCACGCGGACAUACGUGCUUAUAUAUGUAUCUACAUAUGUAUAUAUGUGAGUGAGUGCGUGUGUGCUAAAACUGGUAACAGGCAAUAAAUCACCAAAUGUCAAAGGUCAAUUAGAAGCGAGAAAUUUAUCGAUAUUCUCUUUCAUAGCCAUUUGCACCAUUGUUGAGAAGAGCAUCAAGUAAUAAAGAAAUAAAAAUUGCGCUGAAAAAAGAAAUAGAUUUGAAAAGACUAAAGACCUACAAAAAAAUUGGAAGAAUUAAAGAUGUAGCAAAAAAAAAAAAUCGUAAUUAAAAGUGUUUGGAAGGCAUACGUAAAAAAGCAACAAGUACUAGUAUAAGAACCAAGAAGAAAUCCCCGAAUAAAAAGGUUAUAUAUUAAAGACAAAAACCGCAACAAAAACAAAAUCAGCAAAAUCCAAUCGUCAGCGGGAAACCAACCAACCAGCCAAAGUUUGCCAGUAGCUACCGAAAAAUGAAAUUAAAAUAAUAACAAAUCCUACUGUAUGUAUCUAAAAUUUCGCCAGAAAUUAAAAUUUUCAAGCAGUUGAAAAUUUAAUAUCGCAUUCACUCCUGCAACCGACCCUGCUGCCUGCGCUUCAUCUCAGCCACAACAUGGAGAUCGAGUUGCUGCUCUGCUUCAUUGUGCUAAUCGCGGAUUUCCAUCGAAUAUCCUGUCUUUUUGUGACUGACAUCAGCGUACCGGAAAUUGUAGAUUUUCGCGAUAAUGUCACGCUAUCCUGUAGUUAUGAUAUGAGCGGACAUACGCUGAAUUCUGUGAAAUGGUACAAGGAUAAAAUGGAAUUUUUCAGGUAUUCGCCAAUGAUGCAUCCAGUGUAUAUGAAAUUUCCCGUCACUGGCAUCCAAGUGCAGGAUGGAAAAUAUUUCUGUAAUGAAUCUACCUGCCGCGUUGAGCUGAGUCUUCUAGGCGCCAAAUCGACUGGAGCGUACAAAUGCGAGGUUUCUGGUGAUGCGCCACACUUCCAAUUGGCGGCGAAGGCUGACAAUAUGACUGUGGCAGCGCUACCUCAGAGUGACCCAUUGAUCGAUAGUUUCAAUUCAAUGUAUCGCAUGGAGGAAUUGCUCAGCGCAACCUGCACCUCGGACUAUUCGAGUUUGCCGACGCGGCUGACAUGGUACAUAAAUGGCGAGCAGGCUUCUCUGGGCGAACUACAGCCCAGCAUUGAUACCAGCAUACCGGCGCACGAUUAUAUUCUGCGUCGUCAAAAGCUGCAGGUGCGCUUUUAUUUGAGUGGUCCACGCUUCUAUCAUGCAGGAAAAAUUCUGGAAUUGAAGUGUGUGGCGGAAAUUGAAAAUUUCCCGGAACUGAAGCGUGAAACCUCGCUGAAUGCAGCACUCAUACACUAUGACAAUUUGAACAAUCAGAUGCUGAUACAUGCGGGCAGCGGAGCGAAUGGUGCUGCGAGCGCCCUUACUCAUCACAACACCCGCAAAGAUAUUUCCAUUCGUUUUGUGAUAUGUUUACUACUCAUCAGCGUGCUGCCAAUCUUAUGAUCUGCCUGCGAUGCGGUGGCUAACUACCAAAUAGAGCAAAGCAACAUGAAGCAGCAAGGGCAGAUGGCAAAGCCGGUUAGAGCUGUGGCAGUUUGGCAAAUGGGCAAAGCGUCGCAGACGAGAGCCACAAAAGCAACUACUAUAUCACAUUAGUUAGUUAGAGGUAACCAAUUAUGAUGUAAAUAAAAGAAAACGAAUAUUAUUACUUAAAUAUAUAACGAAAAAAAAACAACAAAAACCAA